AAUUCAUUGUCGUUAUGGGUGAAACAACAUCUAUCAACUCUGCAAUUUCAAGUAACAGUUCGUUGUCUUUGGCAAGCACACAGGUUCAAUCACCAGAGAAACCAGUGAGACCGGCAUGGCUACUUGCAUCAUUCUCUGAAUCGACAACUUCUGGAUCUCGUAGAAUUUGUAGAAUCUGUCAAAUGCACGAGGGAGAUAUGGUUAGACCAUGUGAUUGUGCUGGAACGAUGGGUGAUGUGCAUGAGGAAUGUCUCACGAAAUGGGUAAACAUGUCAAACAAGAAAACCUGUGAAAUUUGUAAAUCUGAAUACACGAAUAGUGGUGCUCAGUUCAAGCCAAUCAAGCAGUGGAGUAAACCAAAAUGCUCAUUAAAUAAUAUUUUCCAUGUUCUGAUCAUAGUUCUUCUUGGACUUUUGAUUUCAUACGUGGUAAUUGUAAUGGAAGAACGAUGCUUUUACAAAAGAAUUAUUGAGAAGAAUAUGUAUGCUCGCCCAGAUGAUACUGGAAGAAUUUGUGUGAUUAUAAUUCUCUCCCUGGCAAUUCUCAACAACGUAUACACUCUGAUUGCUCAAUUCAUUCGCUACUUGAAGAGUCAACGUCAAAUUCGUUUCAUUAAUAAACAUUUAACAAUUUAAAUUCGAAUGAAGUGAUGUUUUGUC